CACUUCUCUCCGUCCCUCUCUCCAUCUCUCCUUCACUUCUCUCUGUCCCUCUCAACAGUAGACCAUCUCCCGCCAUCCAGUCCUCAAAAUGUCCCAGGGCCCAGAGUGCACAUGUGCACGCGCACACACCCACACACACGUCAGGGAGGAUACACUCACUCUACAUUGACCUUCUGACAGGAGGACGGAGAGAGAGAGAGAGAGCAAUUGGGGAGAGAAAAAAUAUGAAUAGACAGGCAAACGAGGAGAGAGAGCAAAGGCUUGAGUGAGACUGGCGAGAAGAGGAACAGGGAGAGGGGAGAGGAGGAGCGAGAGAGAGCAAGAAAUAGGGAGAGAGAGAAAGAAAGAGAAGGAGAGAGUGGAUUAGUUAAUGCACAAAAACACUGCAUCAAACCAAUGCACUGCUCCGAGCGGGAUGCGUCAGCAGUACAUUCACGUUCCCCACUCAAGGACAAAAGAGAAAGAGAGAGAGCAACAGAGUGAACAAGCGAAUGAAAGAGUGAGUAAACGAGAGAGAGAGAGAGAGAGAGAGAGAGAGCAGCCUUGCACCACACUGGCACCAGAAAAACGUGCCGGAAUAACCUGAGCAGCAGGAUUAACACCGGGGCUGCAGGGGUUAAAAUUGUGUUGCCGUGGGGACACGCUGCCGUUUUCUCCAGUUCACCUGGGCAGCGCUUUAUUCUCCUCUAAACCAGGGAGCCAGAGAGAGAAACAAGAAGGACAGUGGAAGCUAACACGGUUGAGAGGCUUCGCGCUGGCACACACAAAGGACUGAGUGCUUUGAGCUUGGCCACUACCUCAGGACACUGCAGGGGAUGAGAAGAGCGAGAGAGGGGGAGAGAGAGAAAGAGAUACACAUCCCCGCUCUCGCUCAUCUGCUGCUACAGCGGAUCUGUUUUCCUCAUCGAUGCUGCUGUAACAUCCUGUGCCCCGCUCGGCUCUCUCUUGCUUCACUCUCCUAUUCUGCCGCGCGGUGAAGAAAAAAAGGGAUUGAAAACAGGAGCGAGAAAGAGACCGAGGGAGAUGGCGCUUUAGCCUCUUUUUGCUGUGCUGAUAUUGCUGCUGAAUCUACUCUACGCCCCCCACCUCUCUCAACCCUGCUACUAACCCCCACCCACCCUCGGAAGAAAUUGACGGAUUAUUGGGAAGUGCGCGGGAGGCAGGCUGCAGCUGCUGUGUGUGUGUGUGUGUGUGUGUGUGUGUGUGUGUGUGUGUGUGUGUGUGUGUGUGUGUGUGUGUGUGUGUGUGUGUGUGUGUGUGUGUGUGUGUGUGUGAGCGCCGCUGCUGGCGAGCCGUGUUUGCGUGCUGCUGUGCUGGAGCGCAGAGCUAGUUAAGAGGAGAAAUAAGCUAAUGACCGCAGUGUGUGUCGCGUAGCCUUUUCAACCCUGCCGAGCGCUACAGAAAUCAAGUGGACACGACGCGACACACAGAGAGAGAGAGAGAGAGAGAGAGAGAGAGAGAGAGAGAGAGAGAGAGAGAGAGAGAGAGAGAGGGUGGACUGACUGACCACCAAAAAAUAGAAAGAGCCAAGAAAAGGGGUCCUGUUUCCCCCCCACCUCAAAGAAAAUUUGAAAGGACUGGAAUUUUUCUUCUUCCUCCUUAAACCCCCACCCAUUUUCUGCCUUGGGUUUUCAGAGUGCGGAGUGUGUGUGUCGGUGAGUACGCGUUUGUGCUAUGGAGACUUGGAGAAGGCGUUCGGCGGAAACAUCGAGCGGCGGAUUCCAAGGACAAGCGGGAGAAGAGCAGCCGAGAGCGAGCGAGCGUGUACUGCUAUAGGAGCCUGACUGGAUUCCUACCCAUCUAAAACAUAAGCUUCGGAUGGGCCUUCACAUCUUUUCCUUCUUCGGAUGAUGUUCGCUUGUGUGGAAUUAUAAAAAAGGGGCCAUUUUGGCAAAGAAUCUUCACUUCAUUUGCUUCUAACAGAGCAGAAAGAAAAGUCUUUAUUUCUCUGCUCCUUGGAUAUAUACCUGAUUUAAACACUCUGUGAUUGACAAAAAAAGAGAAAACAAUCUCGUAAGGACCUGUAAAAAAAAAAGCUUGAGGUAGGUGUCUAGAGUUUCCAACCCUAUUUCAAUCAUCUCCAUCUCCUAUUCUAUUAUUUUUUUAUCUUUCUCUGAAACAUUUAAGAGCAGUUGUCCUCCCCCCUCCAGUAGUGUCCAUGGAAAAGAGAGCCAGAGUUUUGCUUAAUCCGGGGUAGGGCCAGCCCUCUCCUGGUUACUCAAGAACCAACCCCCCUCCCUCCCCUCUUUAUACCUCACCCCUCCUCCCACUUUCGACCACCAACCCAUUCAACCAACCAACCGACCCCCCCCCCCCCCCCCCCCCCCCCCCCCCCCCCCCCCAACCCCACCUCCGGCCCUCUCCCCCCCCGGACGAUGCUGAAUUAUGAGCGUGCCACAUCAUGAGUCUCCUGGGGCGGGUAGCUGUGCGUCGAGCCACCCUGCUCUGUGUUGUGUUCCUGAUGGCGCGAGUGUGGAGCAGCGCCUCUCUGGCUAUGGCGGGGGCGGCAGCGCCAGGCCCUCAGGGCUGCCCACCGCAGUGCUCGUGUAGUAGCCAACUGAGCAAGGUGGUGUGCACUCGGCGCGGCCUCACUCGCGUGCCCCCGGGCAUCCCCGCCAACACGCGCCACCUCAACCUGAUGGAGAAUGCCAUUGGAGAGGUGCAAGCCGACACCUUCCGACACCUGCACCACCUUGAGGUUCUGCAGCUGGGCCGCAACGCCAUCCGGCAGAUCGAGGUGGGCGCCUUCAAUGGCCUCACCAGCUUAAACACGCUGGAGCUAUUUGACAACCGGCUAACUGGGGUGCCCAGUGGUGCCUUUGAGUACCUGUCCAAGCUCAGGGAAUUAUGGCUGAGGAAUAACCCCAUCGAGAGCAUCCCUUCGUAUGCCUUCAACCGAGUGCCCUCGCUCAUGCGUUUGGACCUGGGCGAGCUGCGCAAGCUGGAUUUCAUCUCCGAUGGCGCCUUUGAGGGCCUGCACAACCUCAAGUACCUCAACCUGGGCAUGUGCAACAUCCGGGGGGAGAUGCCCAAUCUGAGCCCCCUGCUGGGCCUGGAGGAACUGGAGAUCUCGGAGAACCUUUUCUCCGAAAUCAAGCCAGGCUCCUUCCGGGGCCUGCGCUCACUCAAGAAGCUGUGGGUGAUGAAUUCGCAGAUUGGGGUGAUCGAGCGCAACGCCUUUGACGACCUGAGCUCGCUGGUGGAGCUCAACCUAGCCCACAACAACCUGAGCGCCCUGCCACACGACCUGUUCUCCCCCCUCAGGUACCUGGUGGAACUGCACCUCCACCACAACCCCUGGAACUGUGGCUGUGAAGCCCUGUGGCUGGCACGCUGGCUGCGAGAGUACAUCCCUACCAAUUCUACCUGCUGUGGCCGAUGCCACGCGCCGGCCCACAUGCGGGGCCGCCAGCUGGUGGAGGUGGACCGGGGGGAGACCGGCGUGCUCCAGUGCUCUGCCCCCUUCAUAGGCGAUGCGCCAAGAGACUUAAACAUUUCGGCAGAGCGCGUAGCGGAGCUCCGUUGCCGGACUGCGCCAAUGUCCUCGGUCCGGUGGCUGCUGCCCAAUGGGACCAUCCUGACGCAUGCCUCGGCCCACCAGCGGAUCGCCGUGCUCAACGACGGCACGCUCAACUUCUCCAACGUGCUGGCGGCUGACACAGGCACCUACACCUGCAUGGUAUCCAACGCGGCCGGCAACUCAAACGCCUCGGCCUACCUCAACGUGAGCGCGGCUGAACUCAACACGUCCAACCUCAGCUACUUCACCACAGUGACCGUGGAAGUGCCGGGACCUACCACGGAGAUGCCCAAGCCCAAGACCACAACGAGCGCCCCUAACACUGGUAGGGGGGCAGGAGGAGAAGCAGGAGGAGACGCUGGCACCACCACCACCGCCUCGCCCUCCCUCUUUCAGCCCGUCUUCAUCUCUACUCCCACCGUUCUGCUCCAGAACACCGAGGGCCAGCCAGGCGCCCGACCGUCCGCCGUUCCUGCCUCCAAGUCCGCCACGGUCAAGCCACCCGACACAGUCCCCAGCCUGGACGAGAUGAUGAAAACCACCAAGAUCAUCAUCGGCUGCUUCGUAGCCGUCACGCUACUGGCCGCCGUCAUGCUCAUCGCCUUCUACAAGCUGAGGAAGCGCCACCAGCAGCGGAGCACAGUGGCAGCCACCCGUACAGUAGAAAUCAUCCAGGUGGACGAGGAGGACCUGCCGCCGCCUGCUUCGGCUGCCAACCAGAUCCGAGACCACAACAGCAUCCAAAAACUGGAUUAUAUCAGCCACAAAACAGACUAUGGCUUCCCCAAACCCAAAGCCGACUACAAGGGGGACUACACAAUCCACAUGCCCAAACCAGACUACAUUAUACACAAGCCCAAGGCUGAGUACACCACCUACAAACCAACCGUGGACUACACUACCCACAAAUCUACAGUGGAAUAUAGCACCCACAAAUCUACACCAGAUUUUAGCCUUCAUAGACCAAAGGCUGACUAUAGCCCGUUCAGACCGGAAUAUAGCACUCACAAGCAGCCUAAAGCAGACUAUAGCCCCUUCAAACCUGACUACAGUACUCACCCGAGAACACCUAAAGCAGAUUAUAGCCCAUUCAAACCGGAUUAUAGCAGUAGUACUCACCCGAGAACACCUAAAGCAGAUUAUAGCCCCUUCAAACCGGAUUAUGGCACUCAUCCAAAACCCAAACCGGACUAUAGCCCAUUCAAACCUGACUACAGCACUCACCCACGACCUAAACCAGACUACAGCCCUUACAAACCUGACUACAGCACUCAGUCCAAAUCCAAACCGGAGUACAGUACACACAAAUCCAAACCCGACAACAGUCAAUACAAACCCAAAUCAGAACACACCCCCAAGGGCGCGCCGGACUACAUCGUCUUCAAAUCAGGCUACAACAGCCCCCACAAACAGGAUUAUGGCAACCAGAAACCCAAAAUGGAUUCCAGUCCCCACAAAGCAGACCAUCACAAGGUGGACUACCGCACCCUCAAGCCCAAAUACAACACGUACAAGCCAGCAGGACAUGGGGCUAAAUGGACAGAGAACAACAUUGGGAACUCUCUCCCUCGAACCUUGCCCAGCGCCAUCACAAACCUCCCUGAGCCCUUUGUCAUAAAAACUCACACCAAGGAGAAGGUUCAGGAGACUCAGAUUUAAAGCCCCCCACACAACCCCCCACCCACCCCCCAGGCAAGUCCCAAUCCCCAUAGCCACCCCUCUCUUCUCAUAACUACAUGCAAUAGAAUGCACAACGGGGGAAAAGACAGGAACUUUCUUUUUUGUACAGAGUGCAAAACUUAAAGACUGAACAUUUCUUGUUGUACAUGCUUAUAAAUAAAUCUAUAUAUGAAACUAUUGAAAGUACCAUGGACUGGUGAUAGAGAAGCAUAUUAUAUUAAAAAUAAAUACAUUGAAACUAUUUUCUAACUUGUAACUUCUAUUUAAAAAGACGAGUUGUUUAACAUACUGUCUUGACUUUGAGAAAUGAGGGUAGACUUGUUAAAAUAAAAAAAAAAGAGGCAUUCUGUGUGAUUUUUUAAAAAAACCAAUGCUACAGAGAAUGCAGUGAAAAGAGAAAAAACAUUUAUACUGAGAAGACUUUCUUUAAGAAAAAAAAAAGGUCAGUGUUUGAUCUUUACAGGUUUAUCUUGUAAAAGCACCAUGAAUUUGUAUUGUGCCAAAUGUUACAAAUGCAAUAAAAAAUGAUUUUUGGAGAGAGAAAAAAA